UAAACCCAAAUAUCACCAUAGGAAUCAAUAACACAUGCAACGAUGUGGAUGAAUGCCAGAUCUAUCCAUCCAUCUGUGGUCCGAAUUCAACCUGCACCAAUGAAAUAGGAAAAUAUUCUUGCUCAUGCUUGGCUGGAUUUAUUGCAACAAACUCAAAUCUCUCCAUUGGCAUCAAUAACACAUGCAACGAUGUGGAUGAAUGCCAGAUCUAUCCAUCCAUAUGUGGUCCUAAUUCAACCUGCACCAAUGAAAUAGGAAACUAUUCUUGCUCAUGCUUGGCUGGAUUUAUUGCAACAAAAUCAAAUCUCUCCAUUGGCAUCAAUAACACAUGCAACGAUGUGGAUGAAUGUCAGAUCUAUCCAUCCAUUUGUGGUCCUAAUUCAACCUGCACAAAUGAAAUAGGAAAUUACUCUUGCUCAUGCUUGCCUGGAUUUAAUGCAAUAAACCCAAAUAUCACCAUUGGAAUCAAUAACACAUGCAACGAUGUGGAUGAAUGUCAGAGCUAUCCAUCCAUAUGUGGUCCUAAUUCAACCUGCACAAAUGAAAUAGGAAAUUACUCUUGUUCAUGCUUGCCUGGAUUUAUUGCAAUAAACCCAAAUAUCACCAUUGGAAUCAAUAACACAUGCAACGAUGUGGAUGAAUGUCAGAGCUAUCCAUCCAUAUGUGGUCCUAAUUCAACCUGCACAAAUGAAAUAGGAAAUUACUCGUGCUCAUGCUUGCCUGGAUUUAAUGCAAUAAACCCAAAUAUCACCAUAGGAAUCAAUAACACAUGCAACGAUGUGGAUGAAUGCCAGAUCUAUCCAUCCAUCUGUGGUCCGAAUUCUACCUGCACCAAUGAAAUAGGAAAAUAUUCUUGCUCAUGCUUUCCUGGAUUUAUUGCAACAAAUUCAAAUCUCUCCAUUGGCAUCAAUAACACAUGCAACGAUGUGGAUGAAUGCCAGAUCUAUCCAUCCAUCUGUGGUCCGAAUUCUACCUGCACCAAUGAAAUAGGAAAAUAUUCUUGCUCAUGCUUUCCUGGAUUUAUUGCAACAAAUUCAAAUCUCUCCAUUGGCAUCAAUAACACAUGCAACGAUGUGGAUGAAUGUCAGAUUAAUCCAUCCAUAUGUGGUCCUAAUUCAACCUGCACAAAUGAAAUAGGAAAUUAUUCUUGCUCUUGCUUGGCUGGAUUUAUUGCAACAAACUCAAAUCUCUCCAUUGGAAUCAAUAACACAUGCAAAGAUGUGGAUGAAUGUCAGAUCGAUCCCUUCAUAUGUGGUCCGAAUUCAACCUGCACAAAUGAAAUAGUAAAUUACUCUUGCUCAUGCUUGCCUGGAUUUAAUGCAAUAAACCCAAAUAUCACCAUAGGAAUCAAUAAUACAUGCAUCGAUGUGGAUGAAUGUCAGAUUAAUCCAUCCAUAUGUGGUCCUAAUUCAACCUGCACAAAUGAAAUAGGAAAUUAUUCUUGCUCUUGCUUGCCUGGAUUUUUUGCAAACUCAAAUAUCUCCAUUGGCAUCAAAAACACAUGCAAAGUCUUGCUGAAAACUACUACAGUGCAAACAGUAACAACAAAACCAACAGUGCCAAUAGAAACAGUACAAACAGUGCUAAUAACAACAACACAAACAGCACCAGCACAAAUAGUUAUUGGAAUGUCACUGACAAUAGAAAAAACUUUUGAUCUCAGUCUCACCAACCCUAAUGACCAGGAUUACAAAGAUCUUGCAGGAAAAAUUGAGUCAUCAAUUAACGAAGGUUACUCUAAACUACUUGGCUACAUUGAUAAAACUGCAAAAGUCAAUAACUUCAGGGCUGGUAGCAUUAUAGCAGACUUCACAAUUAAUUCAACAACCAGAAGCCUUGGUUUUUCAUCAGUAAACACACAGGUUUCCGAAAUUCUCAGGAAUAAAGGAAUCUCUUUAACUCAAAAUGCUUUUGCUCAAUGUGAAGAAACAACACUGUACAACACCACAGAUAAAUUGUAUCCUUCCCAAACGGUGAUGCUGAACUGUGCACAGUCUGUUGAGGGAGAAAUUAAAUGGGAGGUGAAUAAGAUUGAUCCUGCACAAAACAGCCAAAAAUACUCCAUUGUAAACAAUAAUACCUCUCUCAUUGUGAAAAAUGUUACUGAACAUGACCGUGGUAGAUACUCAUGCAUCAUACAAAGGAAUUCAAUACCUUACAUUCAGUGGCAAAAGAUUGUUAUUGAACAACUCCCUACUAUCAAUGUGGGUGAGAAUAAACGCAUUUUCCCGUGUAAUGGUAAGCCUGUCCUACUGAAAUGCUGUGUUAAUGCAGGCUACAAAAUUGAAUGGGUCCUGGAUGGUGUAGUGCAACCUUCAAGCAUAGAGUCAGGCUGUAUCACAUUAAACCAUACAAUCCAGAGCAGAAAUUGUAAGGAAGAAACGUUUACCUGCCGUCUCAAGGACCUGCAAAAUCUACUUCAGUACAGUUAUAGCAACAAGAAUGUCACAGUUAAGAUAAACGAAGAAUUUGAUUGUAUAAAUGAAAUACUUGGAUGUGGAAAAACAGAUGACAUGGUUAAAGGAACCUGUGACAUUGGGAUGGAAGGCAACAUAACUUAUAAAUGUGAAUCAAAUAAAAUGUGGCGCAAGAAACUGGACAACUGUGUUCUCAAAGUUAUCAAAGAUCUUGAUAGGAAAGCUGAGUCCUUGGUUGUGGGGGAGAUUCCAGUAUUUGUUUCUCAGCUCAGUAAUGCAGCAGAGCAGAAUAUUGAUAAUAUAACACAGUCUGUUGCGACUGUCUCAACAAUUGUUGAAAUACUCUCCAAAAUUGCUGAUUUGUCACAAACCAUUUUUAUCGAUAAGCCUGUGAUGGAGAAUUUCCUGAAAACAGUAGAUGUCAUUGUAUCAGAUAGAGCCAAAGGUACAUGGCAAGAUUUGAAAAAUGGCAACAUAUCAGGAAACACCAGCAUUAAACUCCUGCAAGCUAUUGAGACUAUAAGUGGCCGUCUCUCUGAUAACAAUUUUACCAUUAAUGGAACAUCCAUUCAGUUGAAUAGAACUAAAAUAAACAACUCAUUCAGUGGUAUAUCUCAACUACCAAACUCAACAACACUUGUUGAGAUACCAAAGGUUCCUGAACCAAUCUUCAUAACCAUUAUAGUCUUCACAAAUCUUGACAAUGUUCUACCUACUCGUAAUGCUAAUAAUGAAAAUCACACAUCAGAUGUAAGCCUCAAUGGAGAUGUGGUUGUUAUUAAGGUUAACCAAACAAUUAACAACAUUUCCUUUACUUUUGACAUUGUGAAUGAGACUUUGGGAAAUCCUCAGUGUGUCUUUUGGAACUUGAGACUCAACGGAUGGGAUCCCACAGGAUGUGAAAAAAAGACCUUGAAUGAAACGGACAAAGUUAAAUGUGAAUGCAACCACACAACCUCUUUUUCAAUCCUGAUGUCACCAAUUUUAGUUAUGUCUGAUAAAGAACUUGAUAAAUACCUGUCCUAUAUAACUUACAUUGGUGUAGCUAUUUCAAUGGUCAGCUUGAUUUUGUGCCUCAUUAUUGAGAUGACUAUAUGGAAGUCAUUGAGAAGGAAUGACACAACCUACAUACGGCAUGUCUCUAUAGUUAACAUUGCUGUGUCCCUGCUGAUUGCAGACAUCUGUUUUAUCAUUGGAGCAUCAAUUGCAAAACAAGGGCAGCCAACACCAGAGGGUCCUUGCACUGCAGCAGUUUUCUUCAUGCACUUUUUUUACUUGGCUCUUUUCUUCUGGAUGUUCAUUUCAGCACUUUUGCUCUUUUACCGCACUGUCAUGAUCCUGUCCCAAAUGUCGAGGGCCAAAAUGAUGGCCAUCGCCUUCAUUGUCGGUUAUGGUACACCUUUGCUCAUUGCUGUCAUUACUGUUGCAUCGCUAGCUGAACAUCAUAAAUAUAUUACAAAGACAAAUGCGUGCUGGCUGAACUGGGAUGAGUCUAAGGCCCUUCUGGCAUUUGUGAUUCCAGCUCUGACUAUUGUAGCCAUCAACCUUCUUGUUUUGAUUGUGGUUCUGUAUAAGAUGUUGAGGAGAGGAGUUGGUGUCAGAAAUCAACCAGAUGAGAAACAUACCCUUGUGGUCAUUGCCCGCUUUAUAGCCAUUUUGACUCCUCUCUUUGGUCUAACAUGGGGAUUUGGCAUUGGAACCAUGGUGUCAUCUGCCUUUGGCAUUCAUGUGGUGUUUGCAAUCCUAAAUUCACUACAGGGAUUCUUUGUGUUGGUGUUUGGAACUCUUUUAGAUAGCAAGGUACGUGUGUCGCUGUCAGGAAAGCUGUCACCGAGUAAACUCAGUUCCAGCCGUACCAGGAGCACAAGUGCAGGAACAUCAUCAAAAAGUAGACUAGAUUUUAUUCGAAGGAUGCGGAGGAAUGUAUUUAACUUCUCUGAAGCCAAUACUUUCUGAGCAGCUACAUCUUCAAACAGCUCCAAUGCCAUCGCUUAACUAAACCAACUGUUAGUCAAAAGCAUUUAAUCUAGUCCAAGUAUAUGUAAACUGCAUUUUCAGUUACUGUUUGUGGGAGGACAUUUUUCAAUGUUUCCUGAUGAUUUCUAUCUAUAAAUUUUUAUAUUUUAUAACUAACGCAGUGAUUAGUGGUAUGUUUUAAAGCACUUCUAAUAAAAACAAAUAUAUAUAUAUAUAUCAGGGUAAUUUUUCAGUUAUACAACUCUCAGUUUUGAGAAAUUCACUAUUGUAUUGCUGUAUAUCAGCCAUUUUUAACAGGCUUUGUUGUCCAUAAUUACAUCCUACAUUCCUACUCUUUAUUUUUAUUAUUUUAUUGUAUUAUCACCAAAAUAAAUUCCUAAAUGUUACUUCACCAAUAAUGGAAUGCCUCUUCAUAUAUAAUUUUACUUUAAACAGUCUUUUUAAGUAAGACAUUGUAGACUUUUUCAUGUUCUUUGUUAACUUUAAUAGCUGGGCCAAAACCUUUGGUAACAAAGGUAAAAUUUGAGCAAACAGCAUGUGCAUUAGAGAUUUUCCCAAUUGGCACAUUUCCUAAAACCCCAUUGCAUAAUAGUAUUAACACAAAACCAAAACUUCCUACUCAACUGAAAUAAUUAACUCAAACUAAGUCUAUUAAUAAAAUAAAAUAAAAUAUUGAAAUAUGUUAAUUAAAAAAGCAUUUUUUCUUUCUUCUAUGAGAUACAAAAGAUGUAAGGUAUAAUGUUCAGAAAAGCCUCAGUCACUUUUAUUGCAUUUUUAUUUCCAUUCAACAAAUGUUAUUGAAGUUGACCGACAAAACAAAGUCAUACAGAAUUGGAACAGCAUAAGGGUGUGUAAAUGGCAGAAUUUAAAUUUUUGUGU